AGAUAUUGGUCAAGGUGUCAAAUUAAAGGCAUACAUAAUUUAUGACACAAAUAAUUAUACAAAACAAGCGCCUGAGACGAACGUAACAAAAUACUUCACAGUUUUGCUCACUAAGGUUGAAGAACACUUCCGAAAUAACUCGAUAAUGAUAUCUAUAAAAGUUGAAAACGUCAGUAUGAACAAGGAUCUGGAGGUUGUACAAACCAAACCGACAGUACUGAACGGCAAUUCUACACUAAGGAAGCUACAGAACUACUCAGUAUCUAGCGGUUUAACAAACGACAGUAUUGUUUAUCUCUAUACAACGAAGACGCCAAUUGACAAGAGUUAUUUUGGUGCAGCCGUUCCAGGCUUAUUUUCAGUUUUCUCCACGUUCGGAACUUUUUGUAGUAACGUCAGCAGCGCAGCCAUAAUAGUACAGACGCCAGGAAGUCAGAGUCAUUGGACCACUGUGCAAGGAACGGCGCGAGUAUUUGGAACGAUGAACUUCGUAAAGUUUACGGAGGAAGACAUUCGGAAACUGAACACCACUCUGUCACGAUGCCAUGCGAACACUGCCAUAAGCAAGGAAUCAGAAGAAGAAGAACAUCUCAAAUAACCAGUAUCAUCGCUGCCCAAUAUAGCAAGAAAGAGACAUCUGUGGCCUAUGUCAAGGGAAG